UAUAUAUAAUAUAUUUAUCAUCAUAGUAAAAUUUGUAAUUGAAAACUAAGAAUUAUAAUUGACAACAAUUAUAACAAUUGGCACCAGUAAACGGAUCUUCAAGUCAAAAAACAAAACCCUCUUGAUAAGAAUGAAGAUCCUACUUAUCUCGAUUCUCCUGACAAUGUCAACCAUCUGCGACAGCGCUUACGAAUCAAAUUUAGAAGAUUAUGAGCUGACCAAAGAAUUGAACAAAGCAUCCUGGCUAGACGUCUUGGGGAUCAAUCACGAGCCGGUAAACAUCACAAGACCAAAAGUGGAGAAACGAUCUGCUCCGGCUUAUCUAAUGAACAUUUACUCAAACGUGGUCACCAAAUUGACCCUCAAUUACACUAAUUUCGACUUGGCCCGCUACGAUUUAGAAAAAGCAAAAGAAAACAACAUGAUAGUGAGUUAUAACGCUCACAAAAUCCUCCAACACAGCAUGCAGCGAUUGUGGUACAAUGUUAUCACUAAAGACUCCCAGGAUAGCUACAUAAAAGCUUUAUCUUCCGCAGACUUGAGACUUUACCGCGACAUUUCGCUCGUUUCAGAAAAAUUCCAAGGUCUGCCGUUCAACAUCACUGUUUACAGGUACAAAAAAGCGGACCUUAAUUAUAUAAACUCCGUAAUCGUCGAGGCUGAUCAACAAGGAUGGAUCGCGAUAGAUAUCACCAGUUGUAUUCAAUGGUGGACCACCUAUCCCCAAGACAAUGAGGGUCUGAAGCUGGUGGUCAAACCGAUGAAGAUAGACAACUUGGUUCAAUACAUCCUGCCCGAAGAUAUUGGUGUCUCUGGGUUUGAUGGAAAACCAGAAAAAUUUGCGUUUGUUGUUGGGUACUACCAAACUACCUUGAACAGACAGGACUUCUUGGGUAGCCUCAAGAACAAAAGAAGUGCCUCGACAGAACUUAAUUUCCAGGAGAAAAAGGUCCUUAAAUACCGGAAGAAACACUGCCAAUUAAGAGACAUGUAUGUCAACUUCAAUAAAAUCGGGUACAGUGAUUGGAUCAUUGCUCCAGAUGGAGUCGAGGCUAAUGACUGUAUCGGCAGGUGUGAUUACCCUUUUGGUGAUCAGGUUAACGUGUCGAUACACGCUUUCUUAAAGUCGCUCGUAAAAUUGGAUGGCUUGUCAAAACUGAUGGUGGUCAGGUGUAAACCCAUCAAGUAUUCUCCUGCAAAUAUAUUGUAUUUGUCGGAUGACAGUAAAACUAUUUUCAGGAGGGUUGAAAAUUUUAGCGCGAGUGCCUGCGGGUGUCGAUAAUUUUUUUGUUUACAAUUAAGUUAAUUUAUUGAUCUCUAUUCAAGGCUGAUAUUAU